GCUUUGGAUUUUUUUAAUCCCAUUGACUCUAUUUGGAAUUUUGGAAAGUUGGGAGGAAAAGUGUGACGUUUCAUGCUUGAAAACAUGUCAGAUUCUGGAGUCAAUCCACACUUGGAGGGAAUUAUUUCAGAUUUUGAAGCUCUGAAGAGGUCCUUUGAGGUGGAGGAUGUGGACACUUCCUCUCACUUGUCCCCUGGCUCCCGUCGAACCACCAGCUCCCCUCACCGUAACGCCAUGUCUCCCACCAGCAUCUACUACCGUGACCUGGGCACUCCCCCCCCCGCCCCGGCAACCACCACCAACAACAACAACCUCAACUUUACCCAACCCCGCUCCAUCAUGGGUGGAGGAGGCCCCAAGACCCCCGAGCCGGUGUCUCGCCGAUCCGAACUCUCCAUCGACAUCUCCUCUUCCUCCAGCAAGCAGGUGGAUAACAUCACCAGCCCUUCUUCCACACGCUUUGCAACCAACAGCGCCCUGAAGCGCCCUGAAGUCCUGGGCCACACCAAGACCCCAGAGAUGAGCCAGAAGAGGGAGGUCACUUUCGCUAAGACGCCUACUGAUUCUCCAGUGAUACGCCGCAAUGAAGGCAACAAUAACAACAAUGGCAUCAGCAGGGCCCCUGAGCAGAAUCACGCUCGCAAGUUUGAGCCUCCUAAUCCCGGAGAUUUCCGUAAACCUGAAAUCAGCAUCACCAGGGCUCCUCCAGAAAACAACGGCCACCACCAACCAGUGCACCACCCUCACCACCCCAACCCUCAUCACAACACCAUCGUCACCACUUUCCGCUGCUCCUCGCCUAGUCAUGGACGAAAAUCCCCAAACACUGACAGGUCAGAGGUCAGUGUGAGUCACAGCAACAUGUCGGAGUCUGCAAAGCCCCACCACCCCUCCCCACAGGGUAAGGGGGAGAAGACCCAUGCCAGCGACUUCAGCUACGUGGGCAUUGAUGCCAUCCUGGAGCAGAUGAGGAGGAAGGCCAUGAAGCAGGGCUUCGAGCUCAACAUCAUGGUUGUUGGUCAAAGUGGCCUGGGAAAGUCCACUCUGAUGAACACACUGUUCAAAUCCAAGGUGAGCCGCAAAUCAGUGCAGCCCAACCCGGAGGAGCGGAUCCCCAAGACCAUCGAGAUCAAGUCCAUCAGUCACGAUAUUGAGGAGAAAGGAGUGAGGAUGAAGCUGACAGUAAUCGACACUCCAGGCUUUGGGGAUCACAUCAACAAUGAGAACUGCUGGCAGCCUAUUAUGAAGUUCAUCAAUGACCAGUAUGAAACCUACCUGCAGGAAGAGAUCAACAUCAACAGGAAGAAGAGGAUCCCAGACUCCAGGGUGCACUGCUGCAUAUACUUCAUACCUCCCACGGGUCACUGUCUGCGGCCUUUGGAUGUUGAGUUCAUGAGGCGUCUCAGCAAGGUGGUCAACAUCGUCCCCGUCAUCGCCAAGGCCGACACACUCACCCUGGAGGAGAGGGACUUCUUUAAACAAACGAUUAGGGAAGAGCUGCGGGCCAAUGGCAUCGAUGUUUACCCUCAGAAAGAGUUUGACGAGGAUGCGGACGACAGGAUGAUCAAUGACAAAAUCAGGGAGAUGAUCCCUUUUGCUGUCGUGGGCAGUGACCAGGAGUACCAGGUGAACGGAAAAAGGAUUCUGGGAAGGAAAACAAAAUGGGGCACCAUAGAAGUUGAGAAUAUUGGACACUGUGAGUUUGCUUACCUGCGAGACCUCCUCAUCAGGACACACAUGCAGAACAUCAAGGACAUCACAGGCAGCAUCCACUAUGAGACGUAUCGUGUCCGCCGGUUAAAUGAAUCCAACGCUCAUUUCAAAUCACAACCAUCUGACCAGCCUGCUGUUCAGCCAAAGGCCAACGGUCAGCCCGAGGUGAAGCCCAGCGCUCCGCAGGCCAACGGAGUGGCUGCUAAGCACGAAGUCAUGUCCCACGAGAUGUAGAGUCAAUAUAUGAGAUCAGGACAGAGCCAGGCACAAAACAUACACUCGCACAUUUAUUCUGUUUACAUGAACAAGCCCACAUGCACGCAAGCACAUACUCAAGCUGUGAAGCUCAUUUGUGUUUUCUAGAAGGACCCUUUUGCCCAAAACUAACCACAGGAAGUUCCAAGACACAUGAGUCAGAAUAAAUCCUAACAGUUAUCUUUUGUGGGCCGUUUCCUCAUUUUUUUUCCAUCAUAAUAAUUCUGAGCAGAUUCAUGUCUUCCCUGCAACAUGACAUACUGUACAGAACCUGUUUUUAUCGGCAUUUUAUCUACCUGUCUGCACAAUAGAAUCUAGAUUCAAGAUGUUCACAAUAAGCCAUUAAAGAUUUCAGGUAAUGGAUAAACCAAAAUGUAUCUAGAUUACCCUGACUGUGCAGUGAAGUGCAUAAACCAGGAAAGUAAAUAAUUGAAAAAACAAUGUACAAGAUUGACAAAAUUCACAGUAUAAUGGAAAAAGAGUGCCCCAAAACUGUUUUGUACAGAAUGUACCUUUGCAGGAUCUUGGGUUGCGGGGUUUAGUCAUGAAUUGAUGUUCAGAUGAGAUUAAAUAGUUAAAGAUGAAAUACAUGAUUUGAAAUGAUACCACAUUAUCGUUAAAACUAGUACUAACUGUUGUGCCACUGGCCUGGUCCGCUUUGUGUUGUGUUGUUUUGUAGCGAUAAUAGGGUUAAGUAGGGAGAUUUAGAUUAGGUUAAGAGUACCAUGGAGAAAGUUAAGAUAUUGUUGACACCUCCGCACUGCAGAAUAAUACUUUUUUAAGAAAGCCGUGGCAGUGUGGGCAGCUUUCACAAAACCUUUUCCCAAUGUCAUUUUUCCGUUGUGUUAUGAUGUUUUUAAAACCCCUUUUUGCCAAACCAUCCUGUCUCUUUCUAUAUAAUGCCAAUGUUGUGUAAUAAUAAUCUGGCAUUUUACAUUUCUCAUUUACUAUUGUAUUUGUAUUGCUGUUUUUCAUGUUCUAAUAUUAUUGUAUACAAUGGGAGGUGUGGAGGAAUCUGUGCAACUGUUGUCCCAUGCAGCCAUUUUGUCCAUUAUUUUCCUGACCAAAUAAACGUUUUUUGUUCUAAAGAGAAGCACAUACAGUA